UUGACGUUGUGUCAGCUGAGCUAGCCGUCGGUUAGCUAGCUACUUUGUGCAGUGCUAGCUAGUAGUAGUAGACAGUAGCCAGUGCACACACGGGCAGACAAAUAAGUCUAGCAAGCUAGCUAACGUAUCUAAGUCUGACCUGUUUUAUUAUUUGAUAUUCAACUCUCAGAUCCACAUUUCAAAAUGAAAAAAGAACACACGCUUUGCUGGGCUUAACCACUGUUCUGCGGAAGCAGAACCUGGCCGCUUCCCCUCACUCCUUCUCCUCUCACCCCUGACCCCACCCCCCCCCCCCCCCCCCCCUUCCCUUACACCCGAACAACACAACCAUGACAACCGGGGAGUGUUGUCACCUCCCUGGUUCCCUGUGUGACUGUUCUGGCAACUCCGCCCUGUCGAAGAGCGUGGAAGAGUCGGAUAGCUGCCAGGCCCAGUAUGUCACCAAGGUCACGGCCAAAGAUGGCCAGCUGCUGUCGACCGUCGUCAAGCCCCUGGGCACACAGAGUGACGGACCCAUCUGCCGGAUCUGCCACGAGGGGGGCAACGGCGAGGGGCUCCUUUCCCCGUGUGACUGCACAGGGACCCUGGGCACGGUGCACAAGAGCUGCCUGGAGAAGUGGCUCUCCUCCUCCAACACCAGCUACUGCGAGCUGUGCCACACAGAGUUCACCAUCGAGCGGAGGCCCAGGCCUCUCACAGAGGUAACAAAGUGGCUGCGGGACCCUGGUCCGAGGAAUGAGAAGCGCACCUUGUUCUGUGACAUGGUGUGCUUCCUGUUCAUCACGCCCCUGGCGGCCAUCUCGGGCUGGCUGUGUCUGCGCGGCGCCCAGGACCACCUGCAGCUGAAGAGCAGGCUGGAGGCCGUGGGCCUCAUUGCUCUCACCAUCGCCCUCUUCACCAUCUACGUCCUCUGGACUCUGGUGUCGUUCCGCUACCACUGUCAGCUGUACUCGGAGUGGAGACGAACCAAUCAGAAAGUACGCCUGCUCAUCCCCGAUGCCAAGGGAGGGCACUCCACCCAGCAUUCCCUGCUCUCCACCAAGCUGAUGAAGAAGUCUGCGGACGAGAGUAUCGUAUGAGGUCAAAGGUGGGGAGUGAAGAUGAGGAACAGGAUGAUGACGGCGCUGUUACUAAUGUUCUGGCGGGGGUUCGGACCCCCACCUUGCCUCCCAGCUAGAGCCGAAGCACUUGUGGAAGCAUUUCUUUUGCUUUUUCUAUCGAAGCCCUUUUUACCUACUUAAUGUGUAUCAGCUCUCCAUUACCCACCUCUCUUUUGUAUUGUGUUGUGUGGCCCUUCUAAGGGACGUUAAGAGAGCCAGUAGGGUUAGAAGCUGGGCUGGAACCUGGAGAGGGCUGAUGAUGCACAUGACCAAAUGAUCUUUCUCUCUACUCUCUCUCUCUCUCUCUCUCUCUCUCUCUCUCUCUCUCUCUCUCUCUCUCUCUCUCUCUCUCUCUCUCUCUCUCUCUCUC